AUGAAUUUAUAUAAAUUAAUUUACUUCAUAUUGGCCGUCAUCUUUGCCAAAUGCAAAAGUACUUUGAAGGCUGCGUCAGCAUCACCAACUAUGGUGGUUUCAAAGUAUCCGUCUCCAGUGAAUACUUGUGGUGGCAUAUUGACUGACAAAUAUGGAACGAUUCAAACGCCAAAUUUUCCAAAUCCCUUUAAUGUGCCCAUUUCGUGUGUCUGGAUUCUUGACGCUUCUUCUUUCUGGGGUACACCAAAUACAUCUAUUUUCAUUUAUCUAACACAACAGUAUGUUCUUAGUGGACUGACAUUUAAAGAGUAUAUGUAUUAUAGCGAUGAUUUUAAAGUACCAACUGAAAAGGAAACAAUUGUUAAGGAGGAAAAUGUUACAAGAACUGUAUCAGUUCAAUCAAAUUCGCCUUUCGUAGAGAUUAAAUUUGAAUUGGAUAAUCUUUAUGGGACACAGUUACGUGUAAUGGACCAUUUAUUAGAUGUUUAUGGAUUCAAUAUCACUUAUGAAGUUGGUACACCAAAGUCAUAUCAAUGUAACUCUAUGCGCUGUAGUUUCCUAGGAAGUUGUUAUGCAACAAAGGAUUAUUCGUAA